ACCAGCCCCAAAACCCUGCACAGGUGACCGCGCCCCGAGAGCCCCCUCCACAGUGCCCCAGGAAAAAGUUAAACAUUUCGCUUUCCCAAAACUGUGGCAUACCUUGCAUGGUUUUGUAAUUAUCUGCUGUGCAUUUGGCUCAAAAUAGGGGGAACCAAGACCAAAAAAAAAACUUUUUUUUUAAUGUUAAAAAAUUUAAACUGAGGGAGGUGACGCCCUCAAAGCCUCUUGUGAGGCAGAGAAAAAGACUACAACUCCCAUGAGGCAGUGAGGCCACAAGAGUCACAACUCCCAGCAUCCUCCGCGAAACCCAAGCCUGUCCGGAUAGUAAGCAGAGAGUGGCGGGUAAAUGUCCGCGGAAGCUGUGAAGAAGAAGCGGCCUGUCGGGGUCACAGCGCCUGAGGAGGAGCCUGAAGCACACAAAGGGCAGCUGGAUGUAGCGCGCGGCCUGGAGAACUUGCCUGUGAGCGUGUGGCCCCGGGGGGCGUGGCCGGCGCCCUUCCAGUAUACUCCUGAUCUCGUUCUUGGUCCUGGAGCAGACAUUGAUCCCACUCAAAUAACCUUUCCUGGAUGCAUCUGUGUCAAAACUCCCUGCUUCCCUGGCACUUGUUCCUGUGUCCGCCAUGAUGAGAACUAUGAUGACAACAUGUGCCUUAGAGAUACAGGAUUAGAAGCAAAGUAUGCCAAGCCUGUUUUCGAAUGCAAUGUCCUAUGCCAGUGCAGUGACCACUGUAGAAACAGAGUUGUUCAGAAAGGUCUGCAGUUCCACCUCCAGGUGUUCCAGACAGAUAAAAAAGGCUGGGGACUUCGUACCUUGGAAUUUAUACCGAAAGGACGAUAUGUCUGUGAAUAUGCUGGGGAGGUUUUAGGAUUCUCUGAAGUACAGAGAAGAAUAAACUUACAAACAACAUAUGACUCAAAUUACAUCAUAGCUCUCCGGGAGCAUGUUUAUAAUGGGCAGGUAAUGGAAACAUUUGUUGACCCUACCUAUGUAGGAAAUGUUGGAAGAUUCCUUAAUCACUCUUGUGAGCCAAACCUACUGAUGAUUCCUGUCCGAAUUGACUCCAUGGUUCCUAAGCUGGCACUUUUUGCCGCCAAAGACAUUUUGCCAGGAGAGGAACUCUCUUAUGACUAUUCAGGAAGAUUUCUUAACCUAAUGGACACUGAAGACAAAGAAAGGUUAGAUAAUGGGAAACUAAGAAAACCUUGUUACUGUGGUGCCAAAUCAUGUACUGCUUUCCUUCCCUAUGACAGUUCUCUGUACUGUCCCUUAGAAAAGCCAGACAUGAAUUAGGAAGGAAAUUCCCACCCACUGCUUCUCUCAGUAGGCAGGACUCAGAAGACCCAUGCAAGUGUGGCUCACCUGCUUCUGUGUUCCCCUCCUGCAAACCACUUACCCUCAAGGAAGGUCAGUGUCUCUGUGGUAAGCAGCUUGCCCCUCCCUGUAAGGAGAAUUCCCAUUUUUACCUGGGUACGUGACUACCCAGAAUACUUUCUUUCCUUCUUAGGUAUGGUUAAGUGAUAAUGUUCUAACUAAUGGAAUAUAAGCAAGAAUGGUAUAUCCUUAAGUAUCUUGCUCUUCUAUUUCUUCUUCUAAGUUGUAAUGUACACAUGAGAGACCAGCCAUCCUAGACUCCAAGAUGACCCUGGGCAAGGGUCAUACACAGCGAGAGGAGUGUGGGUGUCUGGUAUCACAGGAAAUGCUGCUGGUCCUGAUCCGACACCUCUGAACUUUCAGGUGAGAAAGUCUCUCCCUUGUCUCAACCACUAUUAUAUACACUUCUACCAGACCUGAUCAUGAUUCAAGAAAACCCUUGGGGCUGCAUAGCUCAGCCCCUGCUUUCCAACCAAUUUUAUCAGUAAUAAAGCUGAUUUUUUUUCUGUCUGUCUGGGUCCUGCAUCUUAUUUCUCAUUUGUUUCUAAACAUAGAUUAAGGAAAAGGGCAUGACUAAUUAUCACCUGCUAAAACUCUAACAAUCACCAAUAAUGAAAAAUAUAAUAAGAAUGACUUCCAUUUAUAACCAAAAGUCAGAAAACAUACCACUAUAUACUUGGUUGUACUGCAGAGCUUGUGAAGCUAUGCUUCAAUUCAAGACUCACAUUUUCAUUUUAUUAAUAACUGCCAACAACACAGGAGAUGGGGAUUUUAUAGUCCCAUUUAAACUUCUGGAGGAACAAAGACCUUUAACUGCCCUCCUUAAAACAAGGAUAGUGCAUAAAUAUAGUUUCCACUGGCAGGGGAUGUAGUUCAGUGACUGAGUACUUAAGUAGCAUGCACAAGGCCUGGAUUCAACUCCCAGCACCACAUACACACAAACGUUUUAAAAAUAUGUACCUAGUAACUACAUCUAAAUGAUUAGACAUUUUAAGAGAUAAUUAUUUGAGUUCCUGCAAUAUUAUUUCAUAUAUAAUGUCUUCUGUAGUACAUUUAAAACCUACCACUAGGAGGCCCCUGUACUUUACAAGAGAACCAUAUUACGUAUAGCACCAAUUUCUGUGUAGUAGCAUGUUAGCUGUCCACUAAAAUAAGUGAAAUCUGUGGUA